AAGAGAGAGAGAGAGAGAGAGAGAGAGAGAGAGAGAAAAGGGCGCCAAAGACUCGCGAAUUUAUGAUUUUUCCUUUUUCUCAUCUGAAAACGGGGGAGGGAAAAUAUGGAGAAGAGGUCAAGGGAGGAGGAGGAGGAGGAGGAGGAGGAGGCGUUUGAUUUUGGAAACGGAACCCACAACAAUCUCGACUCCUCAUUCUCCCCCUCCGAUUCCGACCACAACUUUUCUAGUAAUUUAUACGCAAGUGAUUCUGACUAUGACGAUGAAUCCCAUUCCCCAUCAAAAAUACUUCAGCUGGACGACAACGGAUUCCCCUCUUCUUCCCACCUUCCACCGGGGCUCAAACACCACGGCGAUGACAUCGAAUUCGAUACGAAUCGAUCAACCCAAAUCGAACAAGGUACUGAUUGUAGCAGUUUUGCCUCCGAUUUUUACAGCUGCGGAACGGAUUGUUCUUCUCUGUUGUCGCACGAGGAAGAAAUUGACACUCAGAAGAAGAAGAUGGAUAUCGACCCCAAGGCGAUGCGGAAGCUCAAACAAACCGAUCUUUUUCAGAUGUGGGGAACCCGUGACAAGUUGCCCGAUUGCGAAGCCGACGAUAAAGGCUCUGGUUCUUCGAUUCGUUAUCUGAAUAACAAGAAGAUGAAGGGUUUGUUGUCUGAUGGUUCGUCAAAAACCACUAACGAUAACAAGAAGAAUGCUUUUCUUCAUCUUCGGAGUAGCAGUAGUAGUAUCGGGGCAAAGAGUAAGAGUACUGGCAGGGUUGCAAGAGGUAGGACUACUGUUGCAAGUAAUUCUGGGGGAGUUGCCGAUAGACAGUGGCCUCGUGUCUGUCCAUUCUAUAAGAAAAUCCCAGGGACGUCAUUCACUGUUGAUGCAUUCCGUUAUGGUCAAAUUGAAGGUUGCAAUGCAUAUAUCCUCAGCCACUUUCAUGCUGAUCAUUAUGGUGGCUUGAGCAAGGGGUGGUCACAUGGCCCUAUCUACUGCACAACACUCACUGCUCGCCUGGUUAGACUCUGCCUAUAUGUCAAUCCAAUAUUCAUCCGUCCUUUGGAAGUAGGUAUUGAACACGUCAUUGAGGGAAUCAAAGUGACAAUGCUAGAAGCUAAUCACUGCCCCGGUGCAGCUCUUAUUCACUUCUGUCUUCCUAAUGGACGAUGUUAUUUGCACACUGGAGACUUCAGAGCUAGUAAACUCAUGCAUGCUUAUCCCCUUCUUGUAAAUCAAAGAGUUAAUGUGCUUUAUCUAGAUACAACAUACUGCAACCCAAAGUACAGGUUCCCUUCCAAAGAAGAUGUUUUGAGUUUUGUUGUGAGAGUCACUCAAAACUUUUUAAGGAAGCAACCCAAAACCCUCAUCAUUGUUGGGGCGUAUAGCAUUGGGAAAGAAUGUGUUUAUCUUGCAAUUUCCAAGGCGUUGGGGGUUAAAAUAUAUGCAAACAGUACGAGGAGGCGUAUUCUUCAGUCUUUUGGUUGGCCCGAACUCUCUGGGAAUCUGUGUUCAAAUGGGCAGGAAACACCUCUUCACGUUCUACCCAUAUCAUCUCUGAGAUUUGAGGCAUUGGAAGAUUACUCGAAGACGUACAUGAGUCAAUAUAAAGCAGUUUUGGCAUUUAGGCCAACAGGUUGGACUUACUCGGAAGCUAUUGGCAGUUACCUGGACCUAAUAAAACCCACUUCCAGAGGCACGGUCACAAUUUAUGGAGUUCCCUAUAGCGAACACUCCAGCUUCACAGAACUACGAGAGUUUGUACAGUUUCUUAGGCCUGACAAGAUAAUUCCUACUGUCAACAUCGGAAAUGCCGCUAGUCGAGAUAAGAUGCAGUCAUACUUCCGAGAAUGGCUGAGACGAAAGUGAUUGUGCUGCUAUUGCUUGCACAAAUAAUGCUGUGCGAUACGCUAUUUCAAAUUCCUACUUGCAUCAUAACAUUUGUGCUAAAUUGAACGUUUUCUUUCGGCAGCCAAGGACGGACCAUUGCCACCGUCACAGCAGGAGCAGCCCUGUGGUUCUAUGAUUUUUGCAUUCUAUCACAGUUUUUACACGUUUGCACCAUCAAAUUUUGCACAAAAAGAGUGCUCACUGGAGCACAUGAUCGAGCAUCUUUUUUGAUAGCUUAGGUGUCUGAGCUAGCUUACGCGCACCUCAACAUGAUCGAAUAGUUCUUGCAGCUACAACUAGAAUUCAUUCGGAAGCCAACCACUCCUUUCCUUUUGAGACUAGUAGAUGACUUCUCCAAGCGGGUUUUUCGUGUUGUGUAGUGUUGUCUGUUAAGUUUAAUUUUAACCAUUCGAGCAGCAUCUUUUUGAGUGUUUUUUUGGGACUGUAGCAAAUUAUAUAUAUUACUUAUAUAGCAAUAAUGUUCUUUGUAUCCAGUGAAAAUGUCAGUUUGAAUUUUCGAAC